GAGAAUGCACAAAGUGGUGAAUCAAUGCAAAUUUGAAUGAGUUUUCUUCAAAAUACCACUCGACAAAGAGCUUUGCCGCCAUUUGUUAUGGAGUCAUUACAGGUGAAGCAUGAGCACAAGCGGCAUCGGAGGACACAUCGAAAAUGGCUCUCAUCUGAAAAUGGAUCAGGCUUUGCUCAUAUUUCAUAACCAGCUGACUGAAGAAGUGCAUGCUUCCUACACAUCAGAUUACUGCUACAAGUGUUUGUACCAACAUUUGGUCACAGUGAAACCCAACAACAAUAAUGCUUCUGCAAUAAUCAGCACCAAAUUUACUCUGACAGUACAAGUGGAAUCACAAACCAGGAAUGCAACCUUUUGCAGAUGGAGUCAAACGUAUGAGGAAGGUGGUCACUACUCUAUUUGGAUUUACACCCUAGAUGCAAAUAAUCGCAGCUGCACUCACAUUGUGGAUAGAAGACCAAAUAAUGCCUAUCUGCCUAUUUUGGUGGCAGCACUCCUGCUGGCUGUAAUCGCUCUGUUAUUCGUUGUGAUACCCUACAUCUGCAGGAGGCGUUGUACAUCAAAAUUUAUAAAGACUAUUUGCUGCCAAGGCCCACAGCAUUCAGAAGAGAAUGAAGAAUCACAUGCUAGUGAAACUGCACACGGUGCUGUUAAAGCUAAACCAACACGUCUGCUCUCCCUGGAUACUUUCCGAGGGUUUUCCCUGACUGUGAUGGUGUUUGUGAACUAUGGUGGUGGAGGCUACUGGUUCUUUCAGCACGCACCUUGGAACGGUCUAACUGUGGCGGAUCUUGUCAUGCCAUGGUUUGUGUUUGUAAUUGGGACCUCAGUGGUUUUGGCUUUCAGUUCCAUGCAGAGGAGAGGAGUUAGCCGCCUGCAGCUGCUACGAAAAAUCACCUGGAGAACAGUCGUCCUCUUGCUGCUCGGCUUCUGCUUUCUCAACUACUCUCCCAAAGACGGACCACUGUCCUGGUCCUGGCUGAGGAUCCCAGGAGUGCUGCAGCGUCUGGGCUUCACCUACUUUGUUCUGUCUCUCCUGCAGACUUUCUGGGGCCAGAAAGAAAUCCCACUGACUGCGUAUAACGGGUGGAACCCGGUCCAGGAUAUUCUCCUUUACUGGCCGCAGUGGCUGAUCAUCAUCCUGCUGGAGACUUUGUGGCUGUGCUUAACUUUCCUCAUGCCUGUUCCCAACUGCCCCACAGGGUAUUUAGGAGCCGGUGGAAUUGGCGAUAACGGGCUUUACCCAAACUGCACGGGAGGUGCAGCGGGAUACAUCGAUAGGUGGAUGUUUGGUGAUAACAUGUACAGAUACCCCACGUGCAAAGAAAUGUAUCGCACCACACAGCCCUUUGACCCAGAGGGGGUUCUGAGUACCAUCAACUCCAUUGUCAUUGGAUUUCUAGGGAUGCAGGCGGGGAAAAUUAUAAUUUUCUACAAAAAGAUGAAUAUCCACAUCCUGUGCCGAUUCCUAGUGUGGACCCUCAUCCUGGGAAUCUCCGCAGCCAUCCUUUCUAAGUGCACGCGAGACGGAGGAUUUAUACCUGUCAAUAAAAACCUUUGGUCGUUGUCCUAUAUCAUGUGUAUGGGCUGUUUGUCUUUCCUGCUGCUGGGAGGCAUGUUCUUUGUCGUCGACAUCAAGGGCUGGUGGGGUGGACAGCCAUUCAUAUACCCAGGGAUGAACUCCAUCUUUGUGUAUGUUGGCCACUCUCUCCUGGGCUUCUACUUCCCUUUCAGCUGGGAAAUGCGCUUCCAGCAGAGCCACUGGGAGUGGCUCUUUCAAAGCCUGUGGGGGACUGCACUGUGGCUGCUCAUCGCCUACCUGCUCUACAGGAAGAAAUUUUUCCUCAAAAUAUAAGCAGGAUAAUCCAUCCCACUUCUGUAGAUUGUAUUAUUUUAUAUUUUAAUUUAAAGGCAGCCUCUAAAGCUAAUUUUAAACUUUUUUUUUUAAUUUUCCUUUGCUAGAGUAUAUUAUAAUCCUUAUUUAUGUUAUACUGGAAUUUAGUACAACCAUUCAAUGGAUCCUUACUUUAACUUUCUUCUGAUUGGCUGCUCUUUGUAAAUAGUAGGUGUGGACAGCUGGUGGGCGGAGCUUUCGAGCUCACAGCCAGAGCUGUGUGUGUCUCUCUGACAUCAUGCAGACCUGAUAAUGGAGAAAAACUAUUAGAAGCUCAGAAACAUUAGGGGCAGUCUGAAGCCUGGACUUUUGGCUCAGGGAUGACGUGUAUGUAUGUUGACCUAAUAUAAUAUGAGCUACUAAAAUUAUUAUGUUUUUCUUUUUAAAAGCACUCUUCUCUGUAAAUUAUAGAUUAUUAGAGCAUCUGUGGGAGUUUAAAAGAGUUUUUAAAAUGACCUGCUGGUCUAGGCUUAAUUAGUUUAGUUUGCUUUUCUUAGAUGCAAACUUACCACACAUGUUUUUUAUCAAAAGCAAGAUGCAGAGCAGUGUACAAAAUGUGAAAAUGCUGAUCAGUGAAACCCAUUAAAGCACUGUCCUGUUUCUAAAGAACAUGUCUGACGAGCUGUCAGUGUGGGCAGCUAAGGAUUCAUUUGAUAACACUUGUUUUAUGCUCAGAAUAGACUGAUUAAAUUAAAUAUAUUGAGGUGGUACUUAACAAAUUAGGCCAAGUGAUUCCACUACACACCAGGACAACCAUUAUGAGUCUGUUGCCAUGGCCACUCCUCCUGUGUGCAUGUGUGUCUCUGUGUUAUGUACCAUCUGCUGUCCAAGUCACAGUACUAUAAUUGGGGUCAAGAUGCACACAGAGGGGUGUCAUCAAUGGGGCCGUCACCUUUUGCACUUAUUUCAUUAGAAAAAUCAGGGAAAUUACACAAAUCCAUUUCAUCAGACGAGCCCCUCUCAGAGACCCCGAGCCCUUUACAUGUGUUCUAGUUUGCACAUUUCACACUCGAAGCCUCUUACUUAGUGAAAUAGGGUUCAUUCUCAGUAAUAGAUCAGAAUAUUUCCUCAUGACUGACAAGCAGGUUGAGUGAUUUAUAUCUGUAUGUAUAAUGUAUAUGUACCAUUAUUGAA